GUUGGGAGAUGCUGCACCCACUGAUGCCGCAACAACACAGCUGCGGAUGGAUACGUCCGCACAACCAAACACACAAGAGGGUAUAAAGAUAUCGGUCUUUUAAAAGGAAAUCCCUUUCUAUUUUCCUGCGUCAGAGAGCAGAGGGGACUGGAGAUAUUGGUAGCAUUUUAUUCAAGAGAAGUCAACGGAACAAAUAAAGGUAUAUAUUCACGUCUUAAUAAGGCUUAAGCUCAGCCAUGUACUUAUAUUGUUGGUUUUAUGAAAUCAGCGCUCAACUGAAGUAUUCAUCUUCAUGUUGACUACAGUAACGCGUUGCCGUCUCUGGCUUGGUCCAGCGUCCAUCAGUCGAGAAUGUUCGAUUCAGGAACUAACGUUACUGUAGCUAGUUUACAAACGUCUGUUACAUUUUACGUAGCUACAUAAUAAUUUAAUUCGUAUUCCGUACUUAUACACUUAAGUUAUCUAGCUGACGUUAACUACAUUUUGCGGCAAUUUUCAGUCACCACUCAUUCGUCUCACCACACCUGAUUCCGUCUUUCGUCCUAGAUGUGUGUACUAGCUAAAGUUAGCUAGAUUGGCUAACUUUUGGAAAAGCCAAUUUCUAGGGUACGGUUAACGUUACUAAGUUAAGUUGGUGUAUAACUGUUAUCGUUAACAGGAUUGGCUGUCGAACUAGCUACUGUCAACGUUUCGCUCAGCAGCCAUUUCCUAGCUUUCAUUUUCCGUCUGGCUAAUGCAGCUAGCUAGCAGCGGGUAACAUUAACUAGCUACACUGCAUAGCUUCUGACACUUUGCAAAUUGUUGCAGUGUCAAUUUAGUGGCCAUUUGAACUGCCCCGAAGUUGCAAUUGGUUGUGCCAUGCACCUUCUGAGUGUAGCUAAUUAAACAUUGUAUGCAAUGGUUGACCUUGUCCUUUAUGACUCCAGUAACGUUAAUUGUACAUUCAGGCAGCAUGACUUCGCGAGACGGUAUGCUAGCUAACAUUAGCUACUUCCUCGUGCAUGUCUAGCAUUGCGGAAUCGUCACCUUCCACGAUAUUAGCGAUUUGAUAUCCACGUGCGGACAAGUUUAAAUUCGGUCAACGUUCUGGAAGUCAAUUUGGCGUAGAAUCUUUUAUGGAUUUCCAGAAAUCCUUCCACCAACAUUGUAAAACACGUGCUGGAGGGAACGUCCAUUGUCUCAGGAUGUCGCCAUGUUGGCUGCUGGGUCCUCGACCUCCGGUAACUGGUUUAUCACGAGGGAAUGAUUGGUAGAGAACACUUGUUAAGCCCCAAAAUUGAGUUUCUUGUAUUGAUGCAUAAUUUUAUUGUCAAUUAUGCUGUCAGAUUGGCAUGGCCAUUAACCUUGCUAGAUUUGUUGACUUUACUAUGGAGGUGUUAAAUGACUUACAUUUGAACUGAAGGCAAUGAACUCCCCUUGUUACUAACGGCACUAGAUUAUGCAUAACAUUGCUUAAUUUAAAUCUGUAUUUACUAUAUUUGGGCAUUUUUUCAGACUUCAUAACAUUGCUGCUUUUGCCCUCAGAUGCCUGAAGAAAUGCGCCAAGAGGAGGAGGCUGAGACCUUUGCCUUCCAGGCAGAAAUCGCUCAGCUCAUGUCCCUGAUCAUCAACACCUUUUAUUCCAACAAGGAGAUCUUCCUCAGGGAGUUGAUUUCCAACGCCUCUGAUGUAAGUGGGAGGGUUGUGGAUUUUGCCCCAUGUUGGAUAUGUAAUAAAACACCCCUCUUUGAACUCAAUAAUAUUUUGACGAUUACUUUGUUCAAUGUCUUUCAGGCUUUAGACAAAAUCCGAUACGAAAGUCUGACAGACCCCACCAAGCUGGACAAUGGCAAGGAACUGAAGAUUGACGUCAUCCCCAAUGUGGAGGAGCGCACCCUGACCCUAAUCGACACUGGAAUUGGUAUGACCAAAGCUGACCUCAUCAACAACCUGGGUACCAUCGCAAAGUCUGGCACCAAGGCCUUCAUGGAGGCCCUGCAGGUAUGUCCAUUGGAUUACAGAAAUAUUCACUAAUAUGCAUUCAAAUACUAUUCAGAUGAGCAGGGAGAGUGAACUUGUUGUGAUGAAUUAUUUCCCCCUCUUUGCUAGGCUGGAGCUGACAUCUCCAUGAUUGGGCAGUUUGGUGUGGGUUUCUACUCUGCCUACCUGGUGGCCGAGAGGGUGACUGUCAUCACCAAGCACAACGAUGAUGAGCAGUACAUCUGGGAGUCCUCAGCCGGAGGCUCAUUCACAGUCAAGGUCGACAGUGGUAUGUGUCCCACUCAAUAAAAGCGGGGUGCGCACGACAGAACAAUCGAAAAACAAUAACAUAAAGUACCUCUGCAUUGUUUUUAGAUGGUAUAGUGGAUCACAGGUGUUUUUACACUACGUGUCUUGUGGUGAUGAAAUGGGCAAAUGGUUUUCUAUGGUGUUAAUUUCCAGGGGAGCCCAUGUUGCGUGGAACUAAGGUGAUUCUCCACAUGAAGGAGGACCAGACUGAGUAUGUUGAGGAGAAGCGGGUCAAGGAGGUGGUCAAGAAGCACUCUCAAUUCAUUGGAUAUCCCAUCACCCUCUUCGUGAGUAUAUGUAUGGGAGUAUUUGACUGAAGUGUGAUUAGUUACUAUUUUAUGUAGACGUGGUUGAGGAUACAAUAGUAAGGGAAAGUUUGACCUUUUAUUGAAGGAUUCAAAUAAACUAAAUUGCUCCCUUUGUUUCUGUGCAGGUUGAGAAGGAGCGUGAAAAGGAGAUCAGCGACGAUGAGGCUGAGGAGGAGGAGAAGGCAGAGAAGGAGGAGAAAGAGGAGGCUGAAGACAAGCCCAAGAUUGAGGACGUGGGCUCUGAUGACGAGGAGGACUCCAAAGACAAGGACAAGAAAAAGACCAAGAAGAUCAAGGAGAAGUACAUUGACCAGGAGGAGCUGAACAAGACCAAGCCCAUCUGGACAAGGAACCCCGACGACAUCACCAUGGAGGAGUACGGAGAGUUCUACAAGAGCCUGACCAACGACUGGGAGGAACACCUGGCUGUCAAGGUACUAACAAUCACAAUUAUUUCCCAUGUAGGCCUGGAUGGCCUGUUCCCAGAUCUGUUUGUGAUGUGUAGCCAACUCCUAUGGUCAUGAAUGACUGUGGGAAUAGCUAUACAGCACACAGAUCUGAGAACAGGAUAAGGUGAUGUGAGUGUAUUGGUGUUUAACUCUCCUGCUUCUUCCCCUCUGCAGCACUUCUCAGUGGAGGGCCAGCUGGAGUUCCGUGCCCUGCUCUUUAUCCCCCGCCGCGCUCCCUUCGACCUCUUUGAGAACAAGAAGAAGAAGAACAACAUCAAGCUGUACGUCAGGAGGGUCUUCAUCAUGGACAGCUGUGAGGAGCUCAUCCCAGAGUACCUGAGUAAGUAACCCAGUCUACGCUGCUUUCUUUCAGUCUCGGCAUUGUCUAAAGAUCCAAAAUGGCUGUGAUUUUUGUCCCCUGGGGUGUAGUCAUUCCACCCACUUUAAAAUGUUUCUUAAACGGAAGCAAAUGAAACUGAGGGACCAAUCGAAACUCACUUUAGUUCUUAAAUGGUCAACGGUUUCUGUAAUGCAUACACCCCUGGCCACAGACUAUUUCAGUGCUACUGAAUGCAAAGACAUCGCUGUCUCACGAAUGGGUUUAUUCACAUUUAGGCUAAUGGCAAGGGCUGACGAUGCUGCUCUGAAAUGGUUGGCUACUAGUCUGUUCUCUUAAGCCUACUCAUGAUGUAUAUUAAUUGUUUUACACACUGAAGUUCUUUCUGUAUUAAAGUGAAAUUUUAAUACAUGUCUGUCUUCUCCCCCUACAGACUUUGUGCGUGGUGUGGUAGACUCUGAGGAUCUCCCCCUGAACAUCUCCCGAGAGAUGCUGCAGCAGAGCAAGAUCCUCAAGGUGAUCCGCAAGAACAUCGUCAAGAAGUGUAUGGAGCUGUUUGGUGAGCUGGCAGAGGACAAGGAGAACUACAACAAGUUCUACGAUGGAUUCUCCAAGAACCUCAAGGUGACUCAUUGCAUAUGUCAGGAGAUGGGUAGGAACUUGAAACAGAAUCUUAUCUUUUGAACAAAGAUUUUUGCUGCUAAUAAUUCAACUUGUCCUCUCCCACAAUUGCUGUCAUCUGGUGUUCUUCAGUGAUUCACCGUGGAAUAAACAAAGGUUUACCUCACCGUGGAUUAAACAAAGUUUGACCUAGAGUAGAUUCCUUUCUAGCAAUGUAGUUUGCCCAAUAUCUUAAUUGAAAUAUUAGCGAGAUCUUGCUCCUCAUACCCUGUAGGGCUAGUUUCUGGACUGUGUUCCAAACCAGUAUCCAGCCUAUAUAAGCUAAAUGAGUGCAUAAAACGAACUUCCCCAGGCAGUAGUUUAAUGUGUAGUGGUCUCGUAUUGACUACCAGGUUAUACUAAUGGUCAUUGUUUCUCUACAGCUGGGCAUCCACGAGGACUCCCAGAACCGCAAGAAGCUGUCUGAGCUGCUGCGCUACCACAGCUCUCAGUCCGGAGACGAGCUGACCUCCCUCACAGAGUACCUCACCCGCAUGAAGGACAACCAGAAAUCCAUCUACUACAUCACUGGUGGGUCUAGUUAGACAUUCAGCCCCAAUAACGUAGAGCUCCAAACCCAGUGGCAGACAGUGAAUCACUUAGACCCAGAAGGUGACUGACAUUACAUUGUUUUUUUUUUUUAGGCGAGAGCAAGGACCAGGUGGCCAACUCCGCCUUUGUGGAGCGCGUGCGCAAGCGUGGCUUUGAGGUCCUGUACAUGACGGAGCCCAUCGACGAGUACUGCGUCCAGCAGCUGAAGGAGUUUGAUGGCAAGACCCUUGUCUCCGUGACCAAGGAGGGCCUGGAGCUGCCGGAGGACGAGGAGGAGAAGAAGAAGAUGGAUGAGGACAAGACAAAGUUUGAGAACCUCUGCAAGCUCAUGAAGGAGAUCCUGGACAAGAAAGUAGAGAAGGUAGGUGACUGGAACAACCUGUGAUUUCUGCAAUUAUUUAACCAUUAAGUUAAUAAAUUUCUGGUAUUUGUGCUCUUAUUUUGGAGAGCGUAUCACAGUUGACGUUUUACUUUUAUUUCUGGUUGUGAACAGGUGCCCUAGUUCAUCAUUAGCUAAUAUUGAUCCUGGUGAGUCCAUUGUCAAUGUAGCCUGAAGUGGGCCUGUCCUGUUGGGCUCCCGUGGUGUGUUGUGACGCUAACCUGGCUUUGGCAUUGACUUGAACGGGAAUGCCCAAUGUGCUGUAGUUUUUGUCCCCAGGUGUUCGUGUGGCAUUACCCAGAGACUCUAGAAGACAUUGUGAAUUUGUGACGCAGCAUUCAUUUAGUGGUGGUGACUGCUUGUGGCGAUAAUGUUCUAACACUGACACACCCUCAUUCAGACUUGAGAAUUUGCCUGUUUCUGACUACAUUUAGGAUGUUGUGCUAUUUGAGUGAAAUCUAACAAGACUUUCCUGCACGAUAUUUAACUGGAUUUUGUCCAUUUUUUAAAACUCAUCUUUUGAAUAUAAAUUAAACUUGCCUACACAGGUUCUUGCCGAACUAAUCUCCCAUGCUGUUACCUUGUGAACGAACACUCUGCUUGGUGUUCCCCAGGUGACAGUGUCAAACAGGCUGGUGUCGUCGCCCUGCUGCAUCGUGACCAGCACGUAUGGCUGGACGGCCAACAUGGAGAGGAUCAUGAAGGCCCAGGCCCUGAGGGACAACUCCACCAUGGGCUACAUGAUGGCCAAGAAACACCUGGAGAUCAACCCAGACCACCCCAUCGUGGAGACCCUGAGGCAGAAGGCUGACCUGGACAAGAACGACAAGGCGGUGAAGGACCUGGUUAUCCUGCUUUUCGAGACCGCACUGCUCUCCUCUGGCUUCAGCCUGGACGACCCUCAGACUCACUCCAACCGCAUCUACAGGAUGAUCAAGCUGGGCCUGGGUGAGGAUGCACUCGCAACUAGCGGGGGGGAACUGUUCUCUAAAGGGGGUCUUAGUUGAUUAUAAUGGAAAUGUAGGCUGGAUCUCAUGUCCCUUCCUCCUUCCCCUCCAGGAAUCGAUGAUGACGAAGUGAUCCCUGAGGAGCCCACCUCUGCACCCGCCCCAGAUGAGAUCCCACCUCUAGAGGGAGACGAUGACGCUUCACGCAUGGAGGAAGUGGAUUAAAUACCACUUAAAAUCUACCCCUUAUAUAGCCUCACGUUUUUCCAAUCGAACAUGUUUAUUUGCCCUUUUUAAACGGGUAACCUGGUCAGUGUCCUUUAUGGUAUAAAAGUCUUAACUCAUGCUGUCCAGUCGACCAGUGUUGCUCUCUUGUCUUGAGCCUUCAGCAAAAAUUCUAGAAAUGCGGUUCAUUUUUGUUGUACAAGCUGUAUGUAAUAGUUAAUGGUGGGCAACGCAUCUGAAAAAAACAGUACCCUGUUGCACUGAGUUUUAAAUAUUGGACUGGUAGAUGUGUGUGAACAAUGGGAAAUGGAACAUUCCAUUACUGACACGGUGUUGGGUUGGUUCUUAUGUGCAACAUAACAUGCACGCUGCAUGGAGCGUUGACUGCAAGGUUCCUUUGCCUGAGUCCAGACCUGUCUGUAUUCAGUCUUUGUUUUGCAGAAAUUAAAAGAUGUAAUACCUUAAACGAUCUAA